ACCCGGGGCUCGCGUCACAGUCACAGCCCCCGUGGCCUGCGGAACCGCCUUAUCAGCGGCUGUGAAAACCACGGACCCUCCGUGGCAGUGCCUGGGCCUUGGGCAACAGCCUCCCCUCCCCGAGAUCGUCGCCAGUGUCCCGCGAUUUCAGAAGUCGAGCAGGGCGGGACCAGGCUGAGAAAAGCCGCAGCGGAGCUCCAGGGAUGUCCAGGCCGAUCCCCAAGGAUCCCCACGAUGCUUCAGGCCUGCUCAGACGCUGUGGGGGAUCUUCAAGGGCAAUUCCACCACUGUCUGGGCAUGGACACUCACAACAUCACUGACCGCUCUGACCACAUGACCGCCAACUGCCACUGGGUCCAUCAUAUCACAAAUACAAGUUCCUCAACCUGGCUCAGGCAGCCCCUGCCUGGUUUCUGCCUUGCCCUUGGUCUUCUCUCCUGGGGGCCUGCCAGGCAUGAGCCAUCUGGGCACUACCACAGAUCACGCAGCUGGUUAACUUCAAAGCUGAGACCAAAAUCCAGCACCAUGCGUCCAGUGCUCUUUCUUCUGCAACAACUACAGAGCUCUGAUGUCCUUCUUUGUCAUGGCAUCCAAGGAUGGCUGAAUGAACAUCAUGUACAAUGUACUGGAGAUGGUUGCUGUGGACAAGCAGCCUGUGACCAACUGCAAUCCCUGGAUGUUGCUGUACUUCAACCCUUCCUGAUUAUCAUCACCUUCUUCAUGUGUGUGGGUAUCACAGUGGAGAAUUCCACAAGUGCCAGGAGCACCAGGAGGUUGACGAGGCACUGCAGUACCUGGAGAAGAAGCACCAGAGUGAGUGGGCACCUGCGAAGGGCAUGGGCCACCAAGCUUUGGCCCCUCUGCCUUGGCCUGACCCCAGCCUCCUAGGCCUUUGGAGCUGGAAGAGAAGAAAAGGUACAGCCCCUGUUCCCAGGGCUCAGUUGCUUCUCCCAGCAUCUUCCGGUACAGGGGACAGCCCCAUCAGUGUCCACCCAGAGUCCAAUGGCUGACACCACUGCCAACCUGAGUGAUGCUCUGGGGGGUUCAGUCCAGGCAGAGGACAAAGGCAGAGGAUGGUUGCCCUGUGCUGGGUCCUGGGCCAUGGGAGACCUGCCCUCUCUAAAGGCAGGCCCAGAGCCCCAGCCACAGGCUUGUGUGGGGCAGAUGGGGAGAAUCAGUGUGCUGUCUUUACUGUCACCCUUCCUCAUGAUUUCUCCUGGUGCUGCUGCUGCGUGGAGGAGAUCUAACACCGAUCCCAGUGCCUGGGAUGGACCAACAUCUUUCCUCUUGCUUCCUUCCUUUUUCCAACUCUCUGUCCUUUGUGCUCUGUGCCCUUCCUCUUGGCCCCAACCCUCUGUGGUCUGUGCUACUCCCCCUGCACCCCAUGCAGAUGCACAGUGGCUGCCCUACUCUGCCACCUUUUGUCUGCCACCUGGCUGCUCAUCCACUCCAUGUGUGCCAGCCGCUACCUGAACAUCUUCACCAUCAUCUGCCUCAGUGUGGCCACCAUGUCCCUGGGAUCAGGCCCUCAUGAUCCCACUGGGUGAUGACCUGAGUCUCAAGGACCCCACAGCCUGCCCACCUGGCCCCAAAGACAGCCAGGUGUGCUCCCCUGGGGGCUCCUGGGUGGGGGGUCUGUCAUUGAAGGCUGGCCCUUGCCUUUCCAGGCAGGACCCCCACUUCUUUUCAGUCUACCAUGUAAGUGGUACUCACUGUGUGCUAGGCCUUCAUUUCCUGUUGGUUAGAUGAGGGCAGCAGGGCUCAGAGAGGUGGAGCAACUUGCUUAAGGUUACACAACAACAAGCCCAGCCACCAGGCUCCAACCCUGACACCAGCAAGCGCUCACUGCUGCCUCUUGUUUCUGGUAUUUUUUGUCCAUUCAGUGAGGACCAUCCCUGUCUAGUGGGAUUUUGGGGCUGAAGCAAACAGGGGAGUCACACCAGGCACAAGCACCUACUGUGUGCAGGAACUCUGCCUGUGCCAGCUGUUUGUCUGCCCCACAGUUCUGUGUGACAGGGAUGACUUGUCCCUGCCUCACACUCAAGGAAAUGGGAGUUCUGAGAAGUACGGUGAUGUCCACAUCACAUGGCCAGAAAUGAUAGAGCAGGGUGAUACCCAUGGGGCUAAGGCCAAAACCUCUGUGUCCCAGUCUGAGAAAUUCUGCAGGGCAGGAAGGGCCCCUUGCUGAUCUUGUAGAAUUUGGGGGUUAGACAUCAAGACAAAGGCUCAUGACCUCAAGGCCAAGGUGGUCCUGCCCUGCUUGGGGUGGAGGGUGAGGGGUGUAAGGGACAGCCUGUGGGAUACCCUGUGCUUGACACCUCUGACUUCCAGAAUGACCCUCCAUCAAUUCGGCAUAGGCUGGGGAGUGGGGGAGAGUUCUUCCUACCCCUUCCAUGCCAUUUCUGUCCCCUCCCUGAUUGUUAACAGUUCCUGCAGCUUCCUGCACCCCCAUGGUGCUCUCCUACAGAGGAUGUCAGGGCACAGAGUUUCUGGGACUCAGUUGGGCAGGGUGCAGUCUUUUGUGCCAGACCCAGCAAGUCAUAGGAGGCUGGGAUGGAAUGAGGUCAUCUGCCUCGCAGGAGCAUUAAGGUAGCUCUUGAGGAGUUUUCUCUGCAGGAGUCACUGUGGGUUGCAGACUGAGGAAUCCAGGGGCCAGGGAAUGCCUAGGAAGGAAUGGCAGGGCCAGCUGUUUUGUAUGCAACACCCCAGCACAGUGGCUGGGAAGAAGGGGUUACUCUCCUUUGAUGUGGAAACUGAGGCUCACCAAAGAGAAGGGACCCACCCAAGGUGAAGCUCAUGGAACACACGUGUUGACCACUCAGUCUGUCUUCUGAUGCCUUCUCAAGCCAUGCCUGGGCUUCUGCACUUGUCCAAGGUCUGUACCAGGGGAAGUCACUAACUGCCUGGAUCAUCUGAUGGGCGUUCUGGAGGUGGGGUCCUUUCACCCAAGUUUUGGAAGACGGCCAGGUAGAGGAGGUGAGAGGAAGGUCAUGCUAGCCCUGAGGAUAGCCCAAGCAAGGUGCUGUGGAGCAGACCAUGAAGGCAGCUGCCCUCCUCGUCCAUUUUGCCCCAUCCUACCUCCCUUUCCUUGCAGAGUGAGCCAGACCCAUCUGAGCCCAUCCAUAUGGGAGACCUGGGCAAAUGCUUCUUCCCCUUAUCCUCUACAGCCAUCUCACCAAGACAACUUCCUGUGUGAGAUGGAAGAGAUGCCAUUCAACCCGGUCUGGUCCUGGAUGAAACAUGAGAACAGUUAAGGCCCCUCACCUCUGUUUCCUGUUGUGCUCACAAGUGGAAAGUCAACACAGAAAGAUCAUGCUUUAGGAAUGAUGCAAUUACAUCCAUAAAAGCUCAAAAGACACGUGGAAGGAAGACGUAUUAUCCUCCAUUUAUGCCAUUAAAUUCUGCUAAUAAAUACAAACCCAAUUAUCCUUCCCAUCAGCCUUCAUACCCGAGGUGAGACAUACAUGUGUGGUCAUCAGUGCUGAAGCCAAGUCAUGACAACUUCCUGGGAUGACGUCCACCUACUUCUUGUUCAAGAGAUCAUUGCCCUGGAAUAAGCUCUUUCAUAGUUUUGAAAUCAGCAUAUCAAUUCCUCCAAAUUUGAAUACAAUUCAGAAGUACAUUUGUAUCAAAUUCAUAGAUCAACUGAAGGAGAACGAACAUCAGUACAAUAUAAAGUCUUCAGAUCCGUUAGGUGUUAUCUUCUUUUCAUUAAUGGUUUAUCAGUGGUUUAAUAAAAUCCCAUGUAGUUUCUUUUUCCUUUUCCUUUUCCUUUUUCUUUUUCUUUUUUCUUUUUUGGAAAUGGAGUCUCCCUCUGUUGCCCAGGCAGGAGUCCCGUGGUGUGAUCUCGGCUCACUGCAAUCUCCACCUUCCAGGUUCAGGCUAUUCUCCUGCCUCAGCCUAUAGGCACAUACCACCACACCCAGCUGACUUUUGUAUUUUCAGUAGAGAUGGAGUUUCACCAUGUUGGCCAGGCUGGUCUCAAACUCCUGAUUUCAAAUAAUCCACCUGCAUCAGACUCCCAAAGUGCUGAGAUUACAGGCAUGAGCCACCACACCCGUCCCAUUAUUAUGUGGCUGGAUUUGAAUAUUUUAACAGCCUUCCUUUGUUAACCUUUCAAUCUAUGAUGAUUAUAUAUCUCUUCAUUUAUGAAAUUAUUUCUAAAGUAUCUAUUAAUAUAGCUUUUUAAUUUUUUUGAGACAGAGUUUCACUCUAUUGCCAAGGUUGGGAUGCAGUGGCAACAAUCUCAGCUCACUGUAACCUCUGCUUCAUGGGUUCAAAUGAUUCUCUUGCCUCAGGCUCCUGAGUAGCCAGGAAUACAGGUGUACCACCACUCCUAGCUAAUUUUUGUAUUUUUAGUAGAGAUGUGGUUUCAUCAUGUUGGUCAGGGUGGUCUUGAACUCCUGACAGGUGAUCCACCCACCUUGGCCUCCCAAAGUGCUAGGAUUAUAGGUGUGAGCCACCGUUCCUGGCCAAUAGAGCUUUUUAAAACAACGAGGAAUAAUUAACAUCUUCAUAGUACUGAGUUUUUAACCAUGAAUAUGGUAUAACUUUGCAUUUAUUUAGGUCCACUUAUGUACCUUUGAACAUAGCUUUGGAAUUUUCACUCAAAGGCAUUGAACUAUCUGCAGUCAUUGUGGCCACUUAAUGUGUCUGUGCUAUGGGAAAUGUUACCUCUUCUAAAUAUUUCUUUUUCUGCUAGUUUGUUCUUGGUUCAUAAGAUCAAUUGAUCUCUGUACUGAUUUUGAAUGCAGAAAACUUGCUACACAUUUAGGAUUCUAAAGGUGAACAUAGAUUCUUGGGUUUCUGAGAACACAAUAACGUCAUUGUGAAACAAUGAUAGUUUUGUAUCUUCCUUUCCAGUUUUAAGUACUUUUAUUCUGUUUGCUUGUUUGUUUUUGUUUUCCUUCUGGUUUUACUGCAUUUUCUAGUACCCUUAGUAUAAUCUUGGGAAGUUAUAACUAUGUGAACUCAUGUAUUUUGCCUGAGCUAAAAUAAAAUAUUCUUAACACGACACUGUUCCGUAUGAUAUUGAUGAUAGGACUCUGUGCAGGUGCCUUUCUCAGGUUAAGGCAUUUUCUU